AUGCCCCGCACUUAUGGGAAGUCCAAGGGCAAAGCAAAGCAAACGCGCCUUGCAUUUGUGCCGGCAGAAUUUACAUCAGAGCGCAACGAUGAAUGGGGCAGCUUCAGUACGAGUCGUAAUGCGAAGAUUCGCUAUACUAAACCGUCUCUGGGGAUAUUGCGAAGUGGCCGCUCGACAUCAAGCAGAGAGAAUAGUUCGACGCCGAACCCGUUUGUGAACGUUGAGCGGGGACUUUCGCCUAAGGAUGCGGAGUAUGCCUCGCAGAAGAGUUUAACCUCGAACAACGCCGCUGUCACUUCUGCCGCUUCCUCUCCCCCUUCUGUUACACAAGACGAUGAUAGUGAUGACUAUUCGGAGAUCGUACACAGUGUACGCAAGAAUACGAGGAAUCGGGGCUUGAAGCCGCAUAAUGACGAAUCUUUGGAGCUUGCCCCGGCGACUCAGGAUAGCGAUAGCGAUAUGAAGGUUAUACGCAGCGCAAGGAAGAAAAAAGGGGGUAGAAGCACGGAGAGAGGGAACACUUCAGAUCGAAGCCCUGCUACUCAAUGCAGCGAUAGCGAAUUGGAAGUUAUACAUAGUGCAAGGAAGCCUACGCGAAACAGAAGUCUGAAGCGUAAGAGGAUAGACCCCUCGGAGCCCGAAGAUUGCCAUGUUUCAGAUGAAAGUGAAGCUGAGGAGCCAAUUUCUCGGCCUCGCCGGAAACUCAGGCGCGGCGGAGCUCCCCAGCUGAUUCUCGUUGAUGAGUCAGAUGGGCAACAGGAGGUCCGCGGCGGUGCUUCAGAAUCACCAAGCAUACCUCGCACGCCGCGACGCAAUUUGUCUCAGGAUCGACUUGAUAUAGAGGAGGACCUUGAAGAUCUACAAGACUCAGUUCUGAAGGCGUCGCGCACAAGAGGAAACGUCGCGAAUUCAGCAAGAGCCAAAAGACAGCAAUACCUAGAAGCUCUUCGGCGCCGAAGGGCUGGCAAAAAGGAUGAAGAUAAAGAUCAGUUAUCGCCGCAUCCAGAAGCUUCCGAUUGGGAGAGAAGCGAUGACGAAGGUGAAGGUGAAAAGGAGACCACAGUCAAGCAGCCUCAGUUCCGGAUAUGGGCGAACGAAAGCGAAAGCAGCGAUGUUGAAUCCACCAUCGGCGCUAAUGAAGACCUAGACCGCUACGAGGAUGACUUCGUGUUAGAAGACGAAGACGAUAAACUCGGAGUUCCCAGCGGGCUGGAGGACAUGCCAAUCGAGUUUUCGCGUCAUGCUUACAAGCAGCUGAAGGACUACUUCCAAGACGCCGUCGAAUGGAUGGUGCAUAAUCAGCUAAAUCCUGCGUUCCCUCGAUUCGAUCCGGUUUUCAAGGUGGCUUUCGACAAGCUCGAAGCUGAAGUCCGUGGACGUACCGGCUCACAGCUAGUCUCAUCUGUCUGGAACGCAGACUUCCGCCGGGCACUCUUAGCACGACCGCAUAUUGAAGUCACCACAUACCCAAUUGAUCUCUGUCACCCCUGUGAUGCAUGCAAUCGUUCCGGGCACCCUGCUUCUUUCGACAUGAAACUCUAUGGCAAAGCAUACUCCCUGGACACCUUGGAGCCGCUAGCCGACGCCGAAAGCGACGAAGAGCAGUCGGACAAUGAGGACGAUGAGCAGGAGCGUGACCGCGAUGGCUAUAUCUUACCAGACGAAGAUACGCGUUUUUACCUGGGAAGACAUUGUAAGAAGAACGCGGCCCUGGCACAUACAUUGACCCACUGGCGCUUUCACCUCAACGAAUGGGUGGUCGAGCACCUCCGUACAACUGGCUACUUUUCAGAAGAAAAAAUCCUUAAACGUAGCCAGUACAGCCAGAAGAAGAAGAACAAGCACGCAGCAAAGGCUCUGAAUAAGAUGAUCGAGUCCGGUGAGAUUAAGAAGCUUUGGCGUGACUUUCAUAUCAACCUUAGGGCUGCGAGGGAAUCGACGGUCUGA